GAGCAAGGGGUCAAACCAACGAUGCCUCCCUUAAACAGCUUCAACGGGAACAACUGUGGGGACAUUAUAUGUUCCCUCGCUGCCCAAUCCCCGCUGGCAUCGUCGGAACUAACGCAGUCAGUCGGCGGAGUGGCAAGCAGCAACAAUGGCAACGGGAAGCCGCGGUUCAGCUGUCCGCACUACGCCCAAAAGAUGCUGCUGAACCUGAACGCCCUUCGACUUGAUUCGCGAUUCUGCGACGUGGAGAUCAAGGUUGGCGGUGCCACUUCCGUCCACGCCCACCGGGCUGUGCUGAGCGCGAGUUCCGCUUAUUUCGAAGCAAUGUUCCGGCCAGAGCUCGGUCUGAGUGAGGGCAAGCAGAAGACCGUCACGUUGCACUCGAUCCGGGCAGAUAUUCUGGAGCUGCUGGUCGAUUUCAUAUACACGGGCCAGAUCGAAAUCGAGCAGAGUAACGUUCAGGAACUGCUGGCCGCGGCUGACAUGCUGCAGAUACCGGAAGUGGUCGAUGGUUGCUGCGAGUAUCUGUGCCGGGAGCUGCAUUCAUCGAACGCAUUGGGUAUAAUGCGAUUCGCUGAAGCACACAACUGUCGCCAGUUGGCCGAAGUGGCGGCCAAUUUCGUCCACAGUAACUUCCCAAAGGUGGCGCUCGAGGAUGAGCUGCUUGAUAUGCCACACACGCUCCUGGUGAAGGUGAUCUCGUCCGAGGCGCUGCGUGUGGACAGCGAGUAUCAGGUGUUUAGUGCCGCUUUACGCUGGAUCCGGCAUGACGUGGUGCCACGGCGUCAGUACGUAUUCGAGAUCCUAUCGCACGUACGCAUCGCACUGGUGCCCGUCGGGUUGAUCGAUCAGGCAAUUGCCGAAUGUCGGGAUGUUUCGCUUAAGAUCGCGCUCCGAUCGGUACGGAAGGAUCUGACGUCACGGCGUGGCCAGCUGGUGCCACUACGCGUUUGUCCACGUGUGUGCGCGAAAAAGAGCAUCUAUGUGAUUGGUGGAUCGCGGCGGGAACAGUCGGCCGGUUGGACCCCGACGGAUUGGAUAUUUGAGUCCGUUAUCAAGUACGACAUUUUCCGCCGCGAGUGGAUCGAAUCGGCUCCGAUGGAGAUCGGACGCAUACUGCCGGGAGUGGCGGCAUUGGGUGGGAAGAUUUACGUGAUUGGUGGCGAACGGGGCAGCCAGAUACUGGCCAACGGUGAGGUGUACGACACGCAGAAUAACAACUGGGAACCGAUGGCGCCGAUGAACGUGCCACGCUGUGAGUUUGGCCUCUGCACGCUAGGUGGCACGCUGUACGCGAUGGGAGGCUGGAUCGGGGAGGACAUUGGCGGCACGAUAGAGUGCUAUGAUCCGAUGAAGAAUGCCUGGCGAAUGGUGGGGGAUCUGCCGGAGCCAAAGUUCAGCAUGGGAGUCGUGAGCUUUGAAGGUUUAAUCUACAUUGUUGGGGGCUGUAACACUCACUCACGAUAUCUAACGGAUGUGAGUAGCUACAAUCCCGUGACGAACGAAUGGACGGAAUUGGCACGUAUGCAGACGGCCCGUUGUCAGAUGGGUGUUGCUAUCCUCGAUCGGUACAUGUACGUGGUCGGUGGGAACAGCAGUCAGCAGGAGGUUCUGAGAACCGUCGAACGGUACAGCUUUGAUGAGGACAAGUGGUCCAUGGUUUCACCAAUGACGGUGCGGCGUUCGAGCCCGGCUGUGGCAGCCGCCGACGGGCUGCUGUACGUGGCUGGUGGUGAUCAGCCGUGCGAGAUUAAUUUCUACCGGGCACAAGUGACAAUCGCUUCAUUCGAGUGCUACGAUCCGAUCACGGACCAGUGGAAAGUCUGCCCAGAUCUACCGACCAGUCGUUCGGAGGCGGGUGCGGUCGUAGUGUAAGAGACUAUGAUGGUUUCACGUUUAACCUUCCAUUUUUCGCCAUUGGCCAUCGGUAACCAAAGACGUGAGAGGGUUACGUUCACGCUACAAUAGCUACCGGUAAUAGUAUUCCCGAUCGGGUUGCGAUCGAGAAGUAAAAUACAAGCAAUACAAAAUCAGGAUACACUCCCCUACUCCACAAGUAAAAGUCGCAUCGAUGCACUCCCUGCAAUUAUAUGGUUAUUUCGGAAGGGCUUUCAUCUGCAAGUAUUAGAUUUCUGUCCUGUUUGUUAGUAGAUGCCUUUAUAACAUCGUUACAAACCAUUCGGAACUAAACAUAACUCCAACUGUAAUAUUAUCCGUCUUUAUUUCAAUACUGCAACGGAAAUAAAAUAAUUUUCACAUUGCCCACGUUAAUU